UCCUUUGCUAUUCCUGCAACCUAAUCUUCAUGGACAUUGAAUCUUUGAAGACCCAUGGCUGCCGGAUCAAGGCUUUCAGCUGUCACCUCUGCAGCGACACAUUUCAAACACCUGAACAGCUCUACAAUCACAAGUGCUCCACCCAGACAUUCACUUGCCACAUGUGCAACAAGAAGUGCAGUUCAGCCAAAGAGCUCAACCAGCACCCUUGCAUUGACACCAACGACAUUCGGAUAGGAAAAGGAAGCAGUAAUGCAGGAAGAGACAACCCUAUGAACAAAGGCUCUGUUGUCGAAAUUGAGACAGGAGGAAAGGGCUCUACCACCACAGGUCAAGGUGCUGGUCAAGAGAGGACGGUGGAGAGAUGGACGAUGGAGAGAUGGACAAGCGCUUCAGGGCCUUGUCAUGGGGAGAGCUGACUAAGGUAAAGGACUAUACCUGCUGUGACUGUAGUAUCAAGUUCAACAGCCAAGCAUCGCUCUAUAUCCAUAAAAUGAAACACAACAUGAGGGUGUGAGCUAUGCCAUAGGUGAGAGGGGAGGGGACAGUAGAGUGGUCCUCAUGGGGUUUUAACAUGUAACAGUGACAGGUUUGAAUUUCGAAAUUACAUGUUUGAAUGUCAGUGAUGUGUUAAAAUUCAUUUUCAACCGAAAUUACUUCUGAAAUAUUAGUCACAAUGUCUGUUGAAAGAUGCUCUAAAAUUUGGCUCACAUCGUAUUUAGAGAGCAUGCAAACCCCUAAGGCCCUUCAGCGAGUCCUGGGGUGUUUCACACAGACUUAAGAUCAAAUUAAGUUGGACUUGAACCAUGGAAGGCCAUUCAUGCCACUGGGUGCUUUCACCAAUGGUCUCUAAAGGGACGUCACAAAUCUAAAGAAUUUACAUUUUUGAUAGUUCAUUGUUGAAGAAAAAACUUCUUAUAUUGUAAAAUUAAGUUAUAUUUAAGAUUUGGACUUAAACUACGGUAUGUGAUUCAUGCCUUUAGAAAGUCUUGAACCAGAUGUAAAAUUAGAGGCAAAACCUUAAAAAUUAUGAUCUUUAGAUAAUAUUUUUUCCUUCAAUAAUGAAAUAUAAAAAUCUACAUGUAAGUUCUGUAGAUAAGUGGCCACGAUUUGUACAUCCCUUGAGAAACCAAUGCCAGGAAUGGUUAGAGAAUGAACAACCCACCAUAGUUCAAGUCCAAUUUACAUGUACUUGCAUGUAAGUUGAUCUUAGUCUUUGCAAAUCACUCUGGCGACUCGGGCAACAUGAGACGUAGGACAUCGGUUUAUACUCCUUCCAAGUUUCAAUUUGACAUGUUUGAAGUGUUGUUUGUGGUCCACCCUGGUGUCAUCAGCUGUCUUAUGUUGUGUAACACAGGUCAGUUGCGUCGAUAGUCUUUCUUUCUAGGGAUGCGAUGCAGUGUAGCAGGGUAGGGUGAGGAAGGUGAGCAUUAUGGCCUGGGGCUCGUUUAAGUAGCAAAAAGUAUGUGUAUCAGAGUGUAUCCAGAAGAUCAAACCAUUUGUUCAGAGCCAGACGAGCAUUAACUCCUGGGCGGUGUUUCAUAAAGCUGUUCAUAAGUUACGCACGACUUUACGCAC